GUUCCAGUGUCCAUACUUUUCCUGGUCCGGAUAAAGAGGGGGAUGCAUGUAUAGUGAGCGCCUUGUAGCAUAUGCAGCUUAUAUUCCACUUCAGUCUUCGCAAUCCAGCGAAUACGAGAGCUUAGGGCGACUUCUUCUCUCAUACUCCGACGAAAUCUCUACAGCAAAUUCUCCUUGUGAGCCAUGACACUCAAUCAUCACUACAGCGCUCUUGAAGACCCUGAUUCUGAAUCGAAACAUUCGCUCGAGCUUACCGAGAAGCGUUAUACGCGCAUAUUACCAAUUGUUCUUGCAGUCUUGGUCGCAGUCUCGUGUUUCUUUUUGGGAAGGAUUUCAGUGCGAGAGUCCCAAGGCAGACGGGAGCCCGAGUUGCGCUCUAUACACCGAGUCUUCAAACAUGACCGGCUAUUCGGAUCAGCUCCUUCCCUAGAAUCCGACAAAGCCUGGCUCGACCUUUUCCCGUCCGACGCAGGCUUCUUCAAACACCCCACCAUAGCACCCAAACGCUCCACCUUCUCAACAUUCCACCAACUGCACUGCUUAGACGGUAUCCGCCAUGGUUACUACAAGAUGUACGAGAUAGCUACGUCGGGACAACGGUACAACGAGUCGGAGGUCCCGAUGAUGGCUAGUCCGGCGCAUAUUCGACAUUGUAUCGAUUUGCUUAGGCAGGCGCUUAUGUGUCGGCCUGAUCUUACGGUGGAGGUGGAGGAGGAGGACUUGGGAGGGGUGAGAGGGUUUGGAACAGCGCAUGAGUGUAGUUCUUGGGAUGAUUUGGUGAAGUGGACGACAGAGUGGCAGGAUUUGGCAUCGGAGUAAAACUAAAGGAGGAGGAUCAGUGAGCAAAUGGUGGUAUUGCAGCGCUGACUUUUUGCCCUCGAAUAUACCUACCUUACCAUAUUCGAUUGCACCUGCUUG